AUGUCUGACGUUGCUGCCCCAGAAAAGAAGAAGAGAAUUUUUAAGACUUACUCUUACAAAGGUGUUGAUUUGGAACAAAUGUUAACCAUGCCAACUGAAGAGUUUGUUAAAUUGGCUCCAGCCAGAGUUAGAAGAAGAUUCGCUCGUGGUAUGUCUUCCAAGCCAGCUGGUUUAUUGAAGAAAUUGAGGGCUGCUAAAUUAGCUGCCGUUGAAAACGAAAAACCCGAUGUUGUCAGAACCCACUUAAGAAACAUGAUUAUCGUUCCUGAAAUGAUUGGCUCUGUUGUUGGUGUUUACAACGGUAAAUCUUUUAACCAAGUUGAAAUUAAACCAGAAAUGGUUGGCCACUAUUUGGGCGAAUUCUCCAUCACCUAUACUCCAGUUAGACACGGUAGAGCUGGUGCCACUACUUCUAGUUUCGUUCCAUUGAAAUAA